AUGGGCAAGGUUACCAGUGUUCACUCUUCCCGCCGCAAGGCGCGUGCCGCUCACUUCAAUGCUCCCUCCAGCGAGCGCCGCGUCAUCAUGAGCGCUCCUCUUUCCAAGGAGCUGCGCGAGAAGUACAACGCUCGCAGCAUCCCCAUCCGCAAGGACGACGAGGUCACCAUUGUCCGUGGCGCCAACAAGGGCCGUGAGGGCAAGGUCACUUCGGUCUACCGUCUCAAGUACGUCAUUCACAUCGAGCGCGUCAACCGCGAGAAGACCAACGGCCAGUCCGUCCCCAUCGGCAUCCACCCCUCCAAGGUGGUCGUCAACAAGCUCAAGCUUGACAAGGACCGCGAGGCUAUCCUGGAGCGCAUCAAGCGUGGCCGCGAGUCCGGCCCCAAGAGCCGUGCCUCCGCUUAA